AUGGUGGUCCAGGUCAAGGUGAGUCCACAGAGCCAGGUCAAGGUGAGUCCACAGAGCCAGGUCAAGGUGAGUCCACAGAGCCAGGUCAAGGUGAGUCCACAGAGCCAGGUCAAGGUGAGUCCACAGAGCCAGGUCAAGGUGAGUCCACAGAGCCAGGUCAAGGUGAGUCCACAGAGCCAGGUCAAGCCUCGAUAUUGGCUGGUAGAAGGAUUAAUUCCAAUCAUUCAGGCUGCGGUAUUAUUAUCAUUGUUAUUAUUAUUAUUAUUGUUGCAGGAAAGUUCGCCUCCACGCCGCCACGCAUCCACCACAAGCUGCAGCUCAACCACAACAACAAGCAGCAGCAGCAGUAGUACCAGUGUCUUAAGUGAAAAUAAUGGUCUCGUGGGUUUAAGAAAUAUAGGGAACACAUGUUUUAUGAAUAGUGUAACACAGUGUUUGAGCAACACAAGAUGUCUCCUGAGACCUGGUACGGGACUGGAAUCUUCGACAUCAAAUAAACAUAUAAUCUACUAUAGUCAUUACAAAAAUGUUUUGUUGAUAUUCAGUAGUAAAGUUCGACUUACGACUAUUUCGACUUAUGACCGGUUUCUCGGAACCGAACUCGGUCGUAAGUCGGAUGGUAGGUGUACUAUAUAUAAAACAUAUAUUUCUUUGCCAUUUUAUAAGAAACUAUUUGUUUUGACAGCGUUUGCCAGCCUACUGUCAGACAUGUGGAAUGAGGGCAGUGAUAACAGUCGAGCUCUUAACACCGGACCAUUUAAGUCACAGAUUCAGAGGUUUGCUCCAGUGUUCUCAGGGUACCAACAACACGAUGCUCAGGAAUUCCUUCGCAAGCUGCUGGAAGGCCUACAUGAAGAUGUUAAUAGAGUCUCUGCCAAGCCUAAGCCCAUAACAGAAGAUAUUGAUGAUGAUCUAGAUGACAAUCAGAAAGCUAUGGAAUCCUGGAAGCGAUAUCUACGCUACGACGACAGCAAGAUCGUAGACAUGUUUGUUGGACAGUUGAAGUCAUGUUUACAGUGUUCUGUCUGUGGUCACUGUUCUGUGACCUUUGACCCAUUCUGGGAUCUCAGUCUACCUAUUCCCAGCAAGUCAGGUCAAGUGCGACUGGCACAGUGCCUUGACCUCUUCACCAAAGAGGAAGUGCUGGAUGGUGAUGAAAGACCAACAUGUUCGAAGUGCAAAGAACGAAGAAAAAUGACAAAAUCGUUCUGCAUCCAGAAGUUUCCCAAAGUUCUUGUUCUUCAUUUGAAGCGUUUUUCUCCGUUAGAACGAUGGCGGGGAAAGUUGUCAUGUACAGUGGAAUUUCCGCUGGAGGGUCUUAAUCUAUCCAAAUAUGCUGCAAGCUCCAGUGCCUCACCCUACUACAACCUGAUUGGUGUAGCCAACCACUCUGGUACUACGUACUCAGGGCAUUACACAGCGUACUGCAAACAUCCCUAUUCUGGCACCUGGCAUGAAUACAACGACUCUAGAGUGUCAAAUAUUUCCCCGGGAAGAGUAUGCAGUCCUGAAGCCUAUGUACUUUUCUACGAGUUAUCGUCCGCAUCGUCUAAAUUAUAAUGCUUGCAUUGUAUUAUAAAUGAAAAUGAGUGCAUAAUAUAAUAAAUUAUAUAUAUGGGAGAAAAAACUCUACAUAGAGACAAAAAUAAGGAAGGUUGAGUGUUUUAACAUCUGAGGUCCUCUUCAGCAGAUGCUAAGGAAUGAGAGAACAUGAGUGGGUAGUCCCUUGCUGAUUCUGGGAUGGUAUACUAUCAUGUCAGGUUAGUUUCCUGGGUUCUAAAGAUGUUUUAUAGUACCUCAAGGUAGGCUGACCUAGUUACUGAUAUGGUGAGUCUGGUUUAUUGUUGCAGGAAUGUUUGUGGGCCUUGGAUAACAUCUCAAUGGGGGCUGACCUGUGGGGAGUGUGUUAGGAAGGUAUCUCGGAUACCCUGAGGGACACGUGGUAUGCAGGGUAUCUCGGGUGCCCUGAGGGACACAUGGUAGGCAGGGUAUCUCAGGUACCAUGAGGGACACAUGGUAGGCAGGGUAUCUAGGUUACCUUGAGGGACAUGUGGUAGGCAGGGUAUCUCGGAUACCCUGAGGGACACGUGGUAGGCAGGGUAUCUCAGGUACCCUGAGGGACACAUGGUAGGCAGGGUAUCUCAGGUACCAUGAGGGACACAUGGUAGGCAGAGUAUCUCGGGUACCCUGAGGGACACAUGGUAGGCAGGGUAUAUCAGGUACCCUGAGGGACACAUGGUAGGCAGGGUAUCUAGGUUACCUUGAGGGACAUGUGGUAGGCAGGGUAUCUAGUGUACCCUGAGGGACAUAUGGUAGGCAGGGUAUCUUGGGGUACCCUGAGGGACACAUGGUAGGCAGGGUAUCUAGGGUACCCCAAGGGACACGUGGUAGGCAGGGUAUCUAGGGUACCCUGAGGGACACGUGGUAGGCAGGGUAUCUCAAGCAUUGUUAUGAGUGUGCUUGAUUAAACUCUGUACCAGAAUGCAUUUUAGUGCAUAUCUGGUAAUUACAUAAGGUUUAAAACUGCCUGCUCUUUAUCAUUAUGUAUCUGCUGAAGAGGACCUCAGUUGGAAGUCAAAAUAUUCAGAUCUUUCAAGCUUCUGUCCCAGUGUGAGUUUUUCUCUCCCAUUGUGUGUGCGUGUGUUGACUAAUGCCCCAAUACAGUACCUCAGAAAAUAUCUGAAAACUUAAAAAUCUGCUCAAAACUCAUGUUGUCACAUCUGUGAUGUGUGUGGAGUGUCAUAUACAGUAUAUGUUAUACUGUGAUGAUGAAGGUGCGGCUGGAAAUGUGUGUGAAAGUUGUACUGAGUUGGUGUCAGAUCAUCCAGGCUGUGAUGGGGCAACAGGCCACCAGCAGCAACAGCCUGGUUGAUCAAGCUAACACCAGCCUGGUCCAUGGCCAGGCUCUGAGAGUAGGAAAACUCUCACAACUCAUCAGAGGUAUAUCACAGGUAACUCAUAAGAGGCCAAAGGGUGUAACACAACUAAGCCUAUCACAAUUUCAGAAAGCCUAAUUUUUGUUUAAGCCAAGUUAAAAACUUUGAUAGUUGGGUUUUUUAGCACCAACUUAAAGUUUGACACCAGUUACAAGAUGACCUACAACUAACCAAUACUUUGUAAGAGGCAAUAUUGGACACGUCAAUUGGUCGUUGACCAUUAACGAGUCGCAACUUGGGACUUAAGCAAUAAUGGUCCAGGACUAGCAAAAAUCUUGUCUAAAGUUUCCCCUCAAAAGUCUGAGUGAAUUUUUCUUUUUAACCAGGCGGUCGUCUUCCACCACAGCAGAUGACCCAAAAAAGAAGAAACAGAAUCUUUCUUAUUUUUACAUUCGGUAAUUUAUAUAGAAAAAGGUGUUACCUGCACCUUGUUGCCUCGAGUAAUCCAUGCCAUGGGAACACAGACUCACCGUGUUGCCUGGAGUGACCCAUGACAUGGGAACACAGACUCACCGCGUUGCCUGGAGUGACCCAUGAUGUGGGAACACAGACUCACCUUGCUGCCUGGAGUGACCCAUGACGUGGGAACACAGACUCACCGUGUUGCCUGGAGUGACCCAUGACGUGGGAACACAGACUCACCGUGUUGCCUGGAGUGACCCAUGACGUGGGAACACAGACUCACCUUGAUGCCUGGAGUGACCCAUGACGUGGGAACACAGACUCACCGUGCUGCCUGGAGUGACCCAUGACGUGGGAACACAGACUCACCGUGCUGCCUGGAGUGACCCAUGACGUGGGAACACAGACUCACCGUGUUGCCUGGAGUGACCCAUGACGUGGGAACACAGACUCACCGUGUUGCCUGGAGUGACCCAUGACGUGGGAACACAGACUCACCGUGCUGCCUGGAGUGACCCAUGACGUGGGAACACAGACUCACCGUGCUGCCUGGAGUGACCCAUGACGUGGGAACACAGACUCACUGCUCACACUAAUGUACAAGACUGGUGCAACGAGAACUCUUAAUGUGGAAAUAUUUCAAUUAUUUUUAUAAUCAAAACUAAACACUAAACCCACCAGGGUCAUACAGCGCUCCAUAAUACUUCAAACAAACAAAAAAAAACUAUUUCUACAAAGUAGAGUAUGCUAUAUUAUUUAAUUAGGGUUAUUAUCAUAUAUAAAUUACAUUAUAAAAAGCCCCUUUUUAUGUAUAGCAUUUUCGGCAGUCUUAAAUCUAAACUAUGAUUAAAAUUACCUUAGAAAAUGAAUACAUAAGCUUUUAAAAUAUUGGAGAUAUUUUGUAAUUCAAAAAAUAUAAUUGAUGAUUAAUAAUUGAUGAUUAAUAACAGAAGUGUAUUGAAGACUUGUCAUUGCUCAGUAAUAACUCACAUGCUGAUGGAAACAGUAGAUUGAUUGAUCUGUAUAUUUCAACUCUGUUUAUUGUCCUCUUCAGCAGAUCUGCUGAAGAGGAUCUCAGAAAGGGGUCAAAAUAUACAUAUCAAUUAAUUCUCCAAGUUUCUGUCUGUACGUGGAGUUAUUACUGAGCAUAACUGGUGAUAUAUAAAGGAUGAAGCUAGGUAUGCUGCAUGUCCCUUGUGGGUUUAGCACUUAGUUUUUAUUGUAAUAAUAACAAUAAUAAUAUUGAGGCCAGGUACAUGUGCUGAAGGAAUGAUGGACAAGGAUAGCAGCUUCAUCAUUUUACUUUAAUAAAACUCUAGAGAGAAGUAAAAACAUUGUCAGUAGAGCGUCGGACUGUCAAUCUGCCGGCUGGGGUUCACCUCCCCGUCCACCAUUCUGUUCAAUCAUUGUCACUAGCAUCUGCUCUACACUGUUCUCCAUUACAUGUGAAUUAUUCCAGCCAAUAUUGUGACUUUUAAUUGAGGAGACAACUGUUGUAAUAUCUUACCAUCUUAAGUAUUGUAAAGGCAAUUCAUUCCUGUUGUUUUGGCUCAUGUUUUGUAAUGAUGUAUUGUGUCUUGUUUACCGUCUCCGUUACUAGUACUGUACGUGUUCAGUUUUCACUUAAUUUACCUGUAAGAAAAUUUAUACACAGUGACUACUGUAUCUACAGAUAACACAUGUUAAAUAUUAAAUAAACAAAAAAUUAUUGUAUAUAUACAAACACACACAAUUACUUUAUAUAGAUGUUUGUUGAAAAUUUGCAAUGAACGAAUGUAAAAAAUUGAUGGCACGACUAGGAUUUGAACCCGUGGUCUGGCUGCCCAUGCGCAUAUUCUCAGAAAAUGUAAAUAAAUGGAACUCUUGUAUAUACUGUGUGCUGGAAACUUGAAAAGUCAAUGUGAAGAAUGAAAUACCGAAAAAAUAAAUAAUCUUAAUAUGUUCGUGAGAGCAAGGCAAUUAGAUCAAUAGAGUUACUAACAUACAUUCUAUUAUUUAUGCUAACAGUAUCACACUUUUUUUUAAAUCCAAAAGAGAACUAAGCAUCUAUUUCCAUUAUUAUUUAAGCUUCCAACGGCUAAUUAUAAUAAACAUCUUUUUAUGAGAAUACAAAAAAAAAAAAAUUAAGCAGAAUUAUCAUAUAUACUUGUGUAGAGCAAAUAGAGUUUGAUUAAUGAAUGGAUGAGGGAAUAUAAAAUUGAUAAAUAUCACAUUAAGGAAUAUGAAGACAGGCAAAAUGGGCUGCAUGAUACUGCGAAAAAAUAUUGACAAUGCGCAGCAGAGAAAGACUUGAGGGGAAUUAAAUAGCAUUAUCACCAUUAAAUCAGUCACACACAGUAUCAAAAGAACACAGCUUAUUCAGGCUAACUUUAAGAUAACUUGACCCACGAAAUCGUAAUGACACGAUUGCAAACAAACCAUACCACAGGCGGGAUUUGAACCCGCGACGGUCUGGAGUUUUGAGACUCUCUGACCGCAGGUUCAAAUCCCGCCCGUGGUAUGGUUUAACUUUAAGAUAGUCUUUGGAUACCUGACACAGACUGAACUUCAUACAGUAUGAUGCACAAAGGAUAAGCCUCCAUCAUUCGUGCUGAACGAUCUGGAGUAUAGGUGGUCCUUGACUUACAAUGGUUCAAUUUAUCAUAUUUUGGCUUCACAAUGGUGCAAAAGCAAUUACUUUGGAGAUGAAACUAAAGAUAAUUACCCAAUAUGAAGGCAGUAAAGUCCCUAACUUCUUCUUUCAACAAACUGGCCACAUCCCACCAAGGCGGGGCGGCCCAAAAGGAAAAAUGAAAGUUUCUCCUUUUUAUUUAGUAAUACAGUGGACCCCCACAUAACAAUUACCUCCGAAUGCGACCAAUUAUGUAAGUGUAUUUAUGUAAGUGCGUUUGUACGUGUAUGUUUGGGGGUCUGAAAUGGACUAAUCUACUUCACAAUAUUUCUUACGGGAACAAAUUCGGUCAGUACUGGCACCUGAACAUACUUCUGGAGUGAAAAAAUAUCGUUAACCGGGGGUCCACUGUAUAUACAGAAGGGGCUACUAACCUGUUGCUCCCGGCAUUUUAGCUACCUCUUAUGACACACAUGGAAGUCCCUAACUUGUAGUCAUUUAUUUAUAUAAUUGUUUAUUUAUUUAUUCUGUGAUAGUAGCUAAUUAUUUAGUUAUUUAUUUAGCAUAUAUUAAACUUAUAAUGGGUUUGUCAGAAUGCAGCCCCCAUUGUAAGUCAAGGAGUGCCAUAUUUUGUAGGUAAAAUAUAAAAAUUUUGAAGACAGAGGAAGCUGGAGACAUAUAAAGUCAGUACCUGAUUAACCAGACUGUAGUUCAUAUGUUGGUUUAUGUGGGGCCAACAGUAACAGCCUGGUUGAUCAGGUCAUGAUCCACCACCAGGCAGUGGGGGUGCUGACCCCCGGAACACCCUCCAGGAAUACUCCAGAUAUGAUAUGAAACAGUUAUUAUUAUUAUUAUUAAAAUAUGCACUAAUGCCAUAUGGAUCAUUCAACACGUUGAGUGAAGGCGACUCAAUCUCCGCCCAGUGACUGCAACACACACACAACAUUCACAAUCUUACCCUAAGAGUUAAGAAAUGCGAAUCACAAAAAUACCCAUAUUAAUCGAUGUGAAAACAAUAUUUAUGUGACAGUACACAAAUAACCCACGGGUUAUUUGUGUAUCGUUCCAGUCACGGUAUUGUGCCUUUUUGUUAUUUAUUUAUGUGACAGCAAAAUAAAAGGUCAUUAAAGAAUUUGAGAAAAUGGGAAAGAUUUUGCAUAAUAUCUGUAGGGUGAACAAAAUAAUAUCUGUAGGGUGAACAAAAUAAUAUCUGUAGGGUGAACAAAAUAAUAUCUGUAGGGUGAACAAAAUGCCACAGCCGUCAACUGUGAGGCCAACAGAAUCGAAAAAACAAAAGACUAUUUCUUUACAAAUAGUAGCGGACUACAAAUAAGUGCAGACUAAUGUAAUAGAAUCUAUAAGAAGAUAAGCGUAAGAGUAAAUAUGUUCUAUGGCCACUGUAGUCAUAGGCUCCCAGAGUAAAUAUGUGCUCCAGUCACCGUAGGAAUAGAAUUCUAGAGUAAAUAUGUGCUACAGCCACUGUAGGAAUAGGAUUCUAGUGUAUAUAUCAGCUACAAUCAUUGUAGGAAUGGGAUCCUAGAGUACAUAUAGACUACAACCACUGUAAGAAUGGUAUCCUAGAGUACAUAUAGACUACAACCACUGUAAGAAUGGUAUCCUAGAGUACAUAUAGACUACAACCACUGUAAGAAUGGGAUCCUAGGAUAAUUGUAGAUUACAAUCAUUGCAAACUAGAAAUAGUUCUACCGAACCCGACACUGAAGACUAGGAGACAAUAUCGUGGCUCUGGUCUUUUAACUAUAAAUGUGUCAUUAUGUUACACAUAUGUGAAAAUAAAUCUAUACACACGCAUACAUACAUACUGUAUAUAUAAAUGAAUGUAUAUGUGUAUUUAAAAACUUGCAUAAUAUACAUGCAUAUAUUUUAUAAAUAAUUAAAUGAUUUAUGAAGAUUAAAGUAUAAUAUAUAUUGUUAUAAAAAUGUUAAGGUUUAUAUAUGUAAGAAAUAUCUUGUUUUAUGGUACAGUGGAACCUUGAUUAUUGGAACAAUUAUAUACUUCAAAAAUAUUGGAUGUUUUAUAUUUUUUUUUUUAGGUUAUUUGUAAGUCUAAUUGUUUUACAUGAUGGUAGGAUUGUUGGUGUCUUUUGUCUGUCUUAUAAACAUGCAAGAUAUCAGGUACGUCUUGCUACUUCUACUUACACUUAGGUCACACUACACAUACAUGUACAAACAUAUAUACGCACCUCUCUGGGUUUUCUUCUGUUUUCUUACUAGUUCUUGUUCUUGUUUAUUUCCUCUUAUCUCCAUGGGGAAGUGGAACAGAAUUCUUCCUCCGUACGCCAUGCGUGUUGUAAGAGGCGACUAAAAUGCCGGGAAUAAGGGGCUAGUAACCCCUUCUCCUGUAUAUACAGUGGACCCCUCCUUACAAUAUUAUUUCAUUCCAGAAGUCUGUUCGGGUGCCGUUACUGACCAAAUUUGUUCCCAUAAGGAAUAUUGUGAAUUAGAUUUGUCUGUUUCAGACCCCCAAAAAUACAUGUACAAAAGCACUUACAAAAAUACACUUACAUAACUGGUCGAGUUGGGAGGUGAUCAUAAGGCGGGGAUCCACUGUAUUACUAAAGUUAAAAAGAGAAACUUUUUUCUUUUUAUGACACCUUGCCUUGGUGGGAUAUGACUAGUUUAUUGAUAUUAUUAUUAUUAUUAUAAUCAAAAAGAAGCGCUAAAGUUUGUUGAUAGAAAGAAGCCUUGUAAGGAUAUCAGUAUCUUUUAGGAUUCACUAUGUAGUGAUCCUUUGACUCACGAAAUCGUAAUGACACAAUUGCAAACAAACCAUACCACCAGCGGGAUUGAACCCGCGGUCAGAGAGUCUAAAAACUCCAGACCGUCACGUUAGCCACUGGACCAGCUAGCCACAAUAAGAUUCGUCCAACUAGGUAUAUUUCUACACCAUAGGAAGGUGGUAUGGUUAGUGAUCCUUUGGUUGACGGGUGUGGGAGCUGCCUGGGAUAGAUGAAGUCAUAACAAAGAGAGAUUAGGGUGGGAGAUGGCAAAUUGUUUUGUUGGUAAAGAGAACACUAAGCCGCUGUGAUGCAUUUGGAAGAUCGUUGAUUAUCAGUGGAAAAGAAGAGGGUCAGAGACAUUUCCCUGUGGGAUGCCUAUAUCCACAGGUCUUGUGGAAGAUGUUCCACCUUUAGUAGAGAUGUGUUGGUGUUUGUUAAUAAGACAUUAUAUAUGUAAACAAUCCUUGGAACAGCCUGGAAUUCUAGCACUCAGUCGCCAUAGGCUCAUAUCCCACCUGUUUCAUGGUUUGCCUGGGAUAAGCUAGUGGGUUGUGUAACCACUGAACAAACAAAAUUUCUUUCUGCAGUAUACAGUAAUGUAUUUUACACAUAAUAAAAUAUUGUUAAGCAUAAAAAAAGCCACUAACAUGGUGUAUAUAUCUGGCAGACUCAUACUGGUGCUGUAUACUUCUACUAUCAUCACACCUGUUAUACAGUUAAACCAUGCAGGUUUAGCAAGUGCUAAACCUUAUUAUUAUAAAACAAGGGUUAAAACAAGCUGAACAUACACUACGAAAUACACUUUUUUUUUUUUGACGUACUGGCUCUCUUCCACCAAAGAUUUAAAGAUUUAUUUAUUUUUUUUGCAAUGUUUACAAUGUGUAAUUAAAAUUUUGAUUUGUUAAGUAUAAAGACAGUCACUAUCAUGCCCGGGUAUUUUGGGCAGAUUAAACCUAAAGCAGAACGACUAAAAAAAACUUAUAAAGUUUUUCUUCUUGUUACAUUUAAUAAUUUAUACAGAAGGUGUUACUCGCCCCUUGCUCUCGGCAUUUUAGUCGCCUCUUACGACACGCAUCAUUUAUGGAAGAAAGAUUCUUGUCUACUUCCCUAUGGAGUGGAAUACACAUAUCUUGGUGUUUAGUGUAGGUCUAUAGCUCUGUGCCCCAUGAAGCAGUUUGUAAACAGUCAGUCAUGUGAAGUGGGUCAUCAUUCCAGUGUUGUUACUCUCUUAACACAUCCACCACUGUUUGCCAUUCUUCCUCUGCUUUGGUUACUGUACCUCAGUUUUUUAUUUUUUUUUUAACACACUGGCUGUUUCCCACCAAGGCAGUGUGAUCUGAAAAAGAAGAAACACUGUCACCAUCACUCAAGCCAUCACUGUCUUGCCAGAGGCAUGCCUAUAGUUAGUUAUAAAACUGUAACAUAUCUCAACCCCUCCUUCAGAGUACAGGCACUGUACUUCCCUCCUUCAGAGUACAGGCACUGUACUUCCCUCCUUCAGAGUACAGGCACUGUACUUCCCACCUUCAGAGUACAGGCACUGUACUUCCCACCUUCAGAGUACAGGCACUGUACUUCCCUCCUUCAGAGUACAGGCACUGUAUUUCCCUCCUUCAGAGUACAGGCACUGUACUUCCCUCCUUCAGAGUACAGGCACUGUACUUCCCUCCUUCAGAGUACAGGCACUGUACUUCCCUCCUUCAGAGUACAGGCACUGUACUUCCCUCCUUCAGAGUACAGGCACUGUACUUCCCUCCUUCAGAGUACAGGCACUGUACUUCCCACCUUCAGAGUACAGGCACUGUACUUCCCUCCUUCAGAGUACAGGCACUGUACUUCCCACCUUCAGAGUACAGGCACUGUACUUCCCACCUUCAGAGUACAGGCACUGUACUUCCCACCUUCAGAGUACAGGCACUGUACUUCCCUCCUUCAGAGUACAGGCACUGUACUUCCCUCCUUCAGAGUACAGGCACUGUACUUCCCUCCUUCAGAGUACAGGCACUGUACUUCCCUCCUUCAGAGUACAGGCACUGUACUUCCCUCCUUCAGAGUACAGGCACUGUACUUCCCUCCUUCAGAGUACAGGCACUGUACUUCCCACCUUCAGAGUACAGGCACUGUACUUCCCACCUUCAGAGUACAGGCACUGUACUUCCCACCUUCAGAGUACAGGCACUGUACUUCCCUCCUUCAGAGUACAGGCACUGUACUUUCCUCCUUCAGAGUACAGGCACUGUACUUUCCUCCUUCAGAGUACAGGCACUGUACUUCCCUCCUUCAGAGUACAGGCACUGUACUUCCCACCUUCAGAGUACAGGCACUGUACUUCCCACCUUCAGAGUACAGGCACUGUACUUCCCACCUUCAGAGUACAGGCACUGUACUUCCCACCUUCAGAGUACAGGCACUGUACUUCCCACCUUCAGAGUGCAGGCACUGUACUUCCCACCUUCAGAGUACAGGCACUGUACUUCCCACCUAAAGAGUGCAGGCACUGUACUUCCCACCUUCAGAGUGCAGACACUGUACUUCCCACCUUCAGAGUGCAGACACUACUUCCCACCUUCAGAGUGCAGGCACUGUACUUCCCACCUUCAGAGUGCAGACACUGUACUUCCCACCUUCAGAGUGCAGGCACUGUACUUCCCACCUUCAGAGUACAGGCACUGUACUUCCCACCUAAAGAGUGCAGACACUACUUCCCACCUUCAGAGUGCAGGCACUGUACUUCCCACCUUCAGAGUGCAGGCACUGUACUUCCCACCUUCAGAGUGCAGACACUGUACUUCCCACCUUCAGAGUGCAGGCACUGUACUUCCCACCUUCAGAGUGCAGGCACUGUACUUCCCACCUUCAGAGUGCAGGCACUGUACUUCCCACCUUCAGAGUGCAGACACUACUUCCCACCUUCAGAGUGCAGGCACUGUACUUCCCACCUUCAGAGUGCAGACACUGUACUUCCCACCUUCAGAGUGCAGACACUGUACUUCCCACCUUCAGAGUGCAGGCACUGUACUUCCCACCUUCAGAGUGCAGGCACUGUACUUCCCACCUUCAGAGUGCAGACACUGUACUUCCCACCUCCAGGACUCAAGUCUGGCUAACCAGUUUCCUUGAAUCCCUUCAUGUUACUUUGCUCACACUCCAACAGCAUUUUUCACAUUCAGGAUUAUUGUUCCAAAUACCCGACCUUCAGAAUUGGUUAGACUGAUGACCACGAAGGCUCUUUGCCUCAAAGAAUUGGACAUAUUCUCUUUUUUUCUCGAAUCAAACCUCAUUACAGGUGGUCCUUGACGUACGAUGAUUUGACUUACGACAUUUCAGCUUUACGAUGGUGCGGCAGCAAUUACUUUAGACAUGAAACAAAGAUGGAGAUGAAGACAAAAUCACUCACCAUUAAUCUGUGAAAAAAAAAAAAAUCUGAACAGAUGCAAAGAGUAACAUAUAAUAAUAAUAAUAAUAAUAAUAAUAAUAAUAAUAAUAAUUAUAAUAAUAAUAAUAAAGUGAAUUUGAAGUUACUGAACAGAAUAAAAAAGCAUAAAAAAUAUAUGUAAAACUAUAUUUGGUUUAUAAUGAUGAAUAAAAUUUAAGUGGGGGAAAGUUCUGCCUUAUAGAGCUUUAUUGGGUUAUGUAUUGAUGGCAAGAUCUACAUAGAGCUUUAUCAUAUUGUAAUGACAAGCUCUAUAUAGUGUCAAACAUCAUAACAAUGAAAGUACUACAACACAUCAUAGAUUUUUUCAUGACUGGAAUUCAUUAUAGAUAACAAUUUAUUCAUUAUGGACACUAUAUUUCAUUCCAUAAAAUAUUUCUUCAAGUAAAAUAUAUACAUAUUUUAGCUCAAAAUUGAGGUUUGUCAGAAAAAUCUUUAAAUUUUGCUGAAUCGUCAAAAAAGACAAUAAAAUAUUUCUAUAUUUUUUAAAUAUUUUGGAACACUUGUUUUUUUUUUUUUUUUUAUUAUCACACUGGCCAAUUCCCACCAAGGCAGGGUGGCCACCAAGGCAGGGUGGCCCACCAAGGCAGGGUGGCCCACCAAGGCAGGGUGGCCACCAAGGCAGGGUGGCCCACCAAGGCAGGGUGGCCCACCAAGGCAGGGUGGCCCGAAAAAGAAAAACUUUCACCAUCAUUCACUCCAUCACUGUCUUGCCAGAAGGGUGCUUUACACUACAGUUUUUAAACUGCAACAUUAACACCGUCCUUCUUUUUUGUACGUUGAUAAUUCUGAAUCACUGAACUAGAAUAACAUAUAACAUAUAAUAACAUAUAACAUAUAUCAUAUAAUAUUAUAGGGUAGUGAGAAUUUGGAUUAAGUUGUAAUAAUUGUCGAUGAAGAAACAGAAGAGUGGACGAGAGGCUUGAACUGUGGUCUGUAAAUUGACAGUUACACACCAUACCGUGGGCGGGGUUAGAACCUGUGAUCAGAGAGAGUCUCAGAUUUCUGAUUUGCAGGUUCUAACCCCGCCCGUGGUAUGGUUUAUUUGCAAUCGUGUCAUUACAAUUUCGUGAGUUAUGUGGACAGUUACAGUUGGUGGCUCUGGUGGAAUAUAAUGCAGUAAGUCCUUGACUUACGAACACACUCGGGACCUGAAUUAUGUAUAAUAAUGAUAUUAUAUACAGUAAUAAUGAUAUUACAGUGGACCCCCGGUUAACGAUAUUUUUUCACUCCAGAAGUAUGUUCAGGUGCCAGUACUGACCGAAUUUGUUCCCAUAAGGAAUAUUGUGAAGUAGAUUAGUCCAUUUCAGACCCCCAAACAUACACGUACAAACGCACUUACAUAAAUACAAUUACAUAAUUGGUCACAUUCGGAGGUGAUCGUUAUGGGGGGGUCCACUGUAUAUACAGAAGAGUCUCAACAUGUUUGCAAGUCAAGGACUUACUGUAGGCUAUUAGCUCAGAUUCUUUCCUAUUAGUCCCGUCCAGCCAGAACAGUUAGGUUAAGUAAGGCUUGUCAAGAAACAGGAUAAGUGUUUCCUGACGCAGGUCUUAGAUGAUGACCCACUGUUGGAGCUUUUGGUAAUCUGACUGAGGCCUUCCAUUGGCUUAUCGGUCAUCAUUAUAACCAACAUAUUAGUAAGUAUAUGUUGGAACGAUUGAGAGGAGGGCUCUCAAUUUACCGACCAUGGUUCAAGCCUUGUCCACCCUUCUGUGUAGUCAUGGGGUAGUGCUUUUAGUGUAUAUUAUUGUACUUUAUGGUAAUUGGUGUAUAGGUGAAGGAGAAUGUCUUGAUCUCCAUGAAGAGCAUUUGUUCUGAGAGAUUGGAACCAUCCUCCCCAUCCUUGGAUCAAACAUAGUUACCUGCCAUACCCCUGGCACUGUAUGACUUACAGGUUUAGCACUUCACAAUUAAUAUAAAAAUAGCUAAAAAUAAUGAAGAUUAAAGUGACCAACAAAAUUUUAAUAAGACAACAGUAAACAAACCAUGGAACAGUGGGGUUUUGAACCUGGAGUUUUAUGAUUCAUGAACCAUGGGUUCUAACCCCUCCCAUUUUGAACCUGGAGUUUUAUGAUUCACGAACCAUGGGUUCUAACCCCUCCCAUUCCAUGGUUUAUUUUAAUGAAGAUUAAAGGUAAUAAAGUUUACAUAAGUUAUUAUUUUUUCGGCUACGUUAGUUUCAAUAAUCAAAGUUCUACUAUAAGUGUCCUAGUCAAUUACUAUAUAUAUAUGUAUUACUAUGCAAAACAACCACAGAUGUUGAAUGAUAGCUCUAGGCCUUUUGUGUUGCAAUCAACACAUCACAUCAUCAGGAGCUUGCAGUGUUGCAGAGAUGAGUAGCAAGUCCAGACAGUUUCAUUCAGUAGAACGAUUCUAGUGUGAAUAAGCUAGCAUUGUUCCCUUGAACAGAUCCACUGGGACUUCCUACUUAUUUCUGCAACAUUGCAAGCUCCUGAUGAUGUGUUGAUUGCAACACAAAAGGCCUAGAGCUAUCAUUCAACAUCUGUGGUUGUUUUGCAUCUUGUGUCGCUUGUUUGCGAUUAUUUCAUGUAUUACUAUGGAAAAAUAUGUCAGAUGGUGUUGCAAUGGUCCACCAAGCCUUGUAGUGGUACCUUGGAAAAUGUUUAUACAUUGUUGUAUACAAUGUUACAAGAGCUCCAUUGAGUUUUUGUGGGUUUUACAACUGCUGCCUUGAUCAUGUGACACCAUCACAAUACUAAAUCCUGAGCACCUAAUGUCAGUACCUGAUUAACCAGACUGUGCUUCGUAUGUUGGUUUAUGUGCAGCCAGCAGUAACACCCUGGUUGAUCAGGUCCUGAUCCACCACCAGGCCUGGUCAUGGACUGGGCCAUGGGGGGCCUUGACCUCCAGAACACCCACCAGGUAUACGCCAGGUAUCAGCACGCUUUGUGAUUAAGGCUCGUUAUUUAAUAUUAUAAAACGACACAUAUAUAUUUGAACAUCAAAUCACCAUUGUAGCCUUAGUGUGUCUGAGCAUAUAGAAUACUCCAGGUGCAGAUGUCUCUUACAUUUCUACCCCUUCAACACUAAUUGCAUACAAUUACGCCUACCAUCCGACUUACGACCUGCUUGACUUACGACCACUCGACUUACAACCGUGUUUUUUAUGCCAAAUUUCUGGGAAAUAAACAACUAUUUGUGUUGUACACAGUGUUUAUCCUAAACCUUACAGUAUAAAAUACAGUACUAACAACAUAAAAAGUAAAGUAAAACAUGAAAUACCAAAAUAAAACAAUAAAAUAGUCAUUACAAAAAUGUUUUGUUUAUAUUCAGUAGUAAAGUUCGACUUACGACCAUUUCGACUUACGACUGGUCUCUCGGAACCGAACUCGGUCGUAAGUCGGAUGGUAGGUGUACUGCAAAAAAAUAUGGUUUUAAAAAAUAUCGUUUAUAUAUACUAUUAAGUUUCACAUAGUCACUUUUUUCCCUAUGCUGCAUAAAAGGUAAUUUGCAUGGAUUGUGUUCAUAGGUCUGUGUAUAGUGCACGGUUCUCCCUUCAUUGUGUAAACUUAACAUGUAUGUUAAAAAUGGCCAGACUUAGCCUUUUAUGGUGGAACCGAUGUAGCGUGAGCGACCUGACGGCCAGUCAUACACUAGAGACCUAUGCUUGUUGGAGUAAUGUUAAUGGAAAUUUUCGAACAUACAAAUGACAACUUAUGAAGAUCCUCACUUACAAAAAGGGCAUUUUUGCAAAUUAAACAGUUUUGUACAAGUUUUGACAUGCUGCACAAAAAUAUGUAACAUAAAACCAUGUUUUUGUACUCUGUUUUCCAUAAUAAAGUUCAUUUGUAUUAAAUAAAAAGUGCACAUUUCAGAAUAAGCCUUUACUGAUACAUUGUUUUGAUCUGUAUAUCUGAAAAUACCACAGUGAAAGUAGGAGUGUUUUCAUGUGCUAACACAUGUGUGUGAGAACACGUGUGUGAACAUACGACAGCACUCAGGUUUCAUUAACUAUUUUCACUGUGGUAUUUUCACAUAUUUGCAAUCAUGCAUUUUAUUGUAAUUUCUUCCAUAGAUCUUUAUUAAGUCAUGACUUAACCCGUAAACGGUCCAAGCAGAUCUACGUUCACAUGUGUACUGCUACAAAAGUAGAUCUAAGUUUUUUUUUUUACAUAUCUUCAAAUAUAACAAAAAAAAGAAAGUAGAUCAAAGUUUUUUUUACACAUUUUCAAAUGUAAAAAAAACAAAAAGAAGAUCUACUUUUUUUUACAUACUUUUAAAUGUUGAAAAAACGUAUAUAUACGUUUAGACCGUUUACAGGUUAAUAAAGCUUUAAAUAAAUUGAACAACUGUACCACUAAAAGUCUGUUUAUCGAAGAGCUUUUUACACAUUAUUGUUUGCUGCCAUUCAGAUCCUGAUUGUAAGUUGAAAACACCAGGAAGUACAUGUCUGUGUGCUGGAACUCUCCUGAGUGACCUCACUGAUAACCCAUGCACCUGAUUGCCUAGGCCAGGAGUUUCUUAACUGGGGGCAUCUAUACCCCUUGGGGGUAUGGGGAGCAAAUAAGGGGGGUAUUGGGAGCAAAUAAUAGGGAUAUCAGGAGCAAAUAAUGGGGGUAUUGGGAGAAAAUAAUGGGGGUAUCAGAAGCAAAUAAUGGGGGUAUUGGACUCAAUUUCUGAAAAACUUCAAAAAUAGUUGUUAGAUCAGAAUAAGCUAUCAGCUAUUGUGUUAAUAGUUGUCCAUAUGUAAAGUAAAACCUAAAUAUUGACAUCUUUUGAAGUCAUUCUGGUACCUAAUAGCACUGCUGAUGAACCAGGAUACUGACAUCUUUUGAAGUCAAAUUGGUACCUAAUUAGUAAGUUUAUUCAGGUAUACAUAAAUAAAAUUACAUAGAUUAUCAUACAUAGCAGCAUAUAUGUAGAGAACCCAGAUAACCCAAAAAAGUCUGACAGCGACUUAUUUCCAUUGGGGUCCUUGAAUAUUUCUACAGAACAAUGGUAUGGUGAUACCAACAAGACGUGGAAAAAGCCAUUUACGUAGAGUUCAGCACAUUUAUUAAUUAGUUAGUUUAAUAUGUUUAUUAUAUACCCCAUACCCAUCCUGUGGGCGCUAGUCAUAAGAUUACAGAGGUACAUAAUGGGUCCAGGGACUGGGCCCCAAAGUUUUGAUAGCUGAGUCAGUUACAAAGGUAAUGAACUCCAGGUGGAUCUGGUCACAAUCAUGACAGGUUACAAAGGUAUUUACAGAUUAGAGGUAUAUAAUGGGUCCAGGGACUGUACCUCAACAUGACAGAGGUACAUAAUGGGUCCAUUGACUGGACCCCAUAGUUUUGAUAGCUGAGCAAGUUACAAAGGUAGUGAACUCCAGGCAGAUCUGGUCACAAUCAUGUCAGGUUACUAAGGUAUUUACAGAUUAGAGGUAUACAAUGAGUCCAGGGACUGGGCCCCAAAGUAAAGAUAGCUGAACAAGUUACAAAGGUAAUGAAUCAUGUAAGUAAAUUUACUUACUUAUGACAUUUAUUAUAAAGUUUCACCAAGAAUGGCAUCUCAACACUGAAGACACACGUGCUAAAAUGUUUCCUUUAAUAAAUGUCCUGAACUGUACAUGUCUUUUUCCAUAUGAUUCCCACAGUCUGGUGAAGGAGGUAUGGGCACAUUCAGGAGGGUCCUUCAUAUACAGCAGGGCCCCACAUAUAACAUGUGGGGCCCUGUUGUAUAUGCAGGGGCCCCUGUUAUAUAUGUGGGGGCCCCUGUUGUGUAUGCAGGGCUCCUGUUGUAUAUGCAGGGCCCUGUUGUAUAUACAGGGCCCUGCUGUAUACACGAGGCCCUGCUGUAUACACGAGGCCCUGCUGUAUAUACAAGGUCCUGCUGUAUACACGAGGCCCUGCUGUAUUGGGUAAUCCACUGGGGUCGGUUAUCGUAAAAAGGUUAAGAAGUCCUGGUCUAGGUUAAUAAUGUGGCAGUCAAAAUAUUGAUGCUCGUGUAUUUUUGUCGACUGUCCACAAAAACCAGUUUCCAGUCUAGUGUGAACAGUAUCAGUCAUCACACUGUUAUGUAAGAAAAUGCAUAUUAUACAACUUUCUCAAAUUAAAAUUCAAUCUGGAAAACUUAGAAAUUUACAAUAAAUUUUUUUUUUUAUUCUCGUUGAAAAAUGUCAAAUUUCUCAGAGUAAUAAUCUAUGCAGUUUUUUGAUAUAUUCAUUUAUUAUAUGCAGCUUCUUGGAUAUAUUAUUUUAUUACAUAGCUACUAUGUAGCUGUAGUAUUGUCUGUGUUGAUAUAUAUAUAUAUAUAUAUAUAUAUAUAUAUAUAUAUAUAUAUAUAUAUAUAUAUAUAUAUAUAUAUAUAUAUAUAUAUAUAUAUAUAUAUAUAUAUAUAUAUAUAUAUAUGUACUCGUUUAAAAUAUUAAUGAAAGCUGGUUACUGUAAUUUGAAAUGUUUGUGUAUAUUGUCACAGUUCUGCAAGUUUAAUGUGUUGACAGUGCCGACUACCAUUGUUGUUGAUGAUAUACGCACAUAGAAGUUAUGCACUGCAUAGAGCUUCCUAUUUAGCUAUGAGAAACACAGUAAUGUCUGCCUUAACAUCCUAGCAAAUGUAAACAGUAAGACCUUGACUUACAAAUCCAUUGAGAAUCUUCUGUAUAAUGUAUAAUAUCAUUGUUAUAUCAUUAUUGUGUAUAAUAUCAUUAUUAUACACAUUACAGGAGGUCCCCAACAUGUUUGUAAGCUGAAGACUAACUGUGAAGAGAAGGACGGACGAGAGGCACAAACCACAGUCUGGAAGCUGAUACUCCGGUGACUUGCCGUCCCGGCUGCCCGGGACUCUAAUAGAGAGGAAUCAGAAUUAAUACUGUAUUUUAUUCUGUCAGAGACACCAACUGUAACUGUCAAUUUACAGGCCACAGUUCGAGCCUCUUGUCCGCUCUUCUGUUUGUUCGCCAACAGUUGUUUAUUAUGACUUAAUUUAAGUCCAACCCAGCAAGUGUUGAUAAAGACACCAGAAUGAAGUUUACAAUGUUAAUGGUUAAUGAAUAUUGGCAAAUUGUUGGUUCACCAUUACAGAUUCUCCCUCGUUUUAUGUUUGUUCACUAUUAUGUGCUGUCCUGUUUUUAUUGUUAAUGCUUUAACUAUGAGAAGAUUUUAAAAAAUAAAAAACUGUUUUUUCUUAUAGUUUGAGAAAAGUUUGCCUUUCUGAACCAAAUAAGACCAAAAUGAGGAAAAUCUGAUAAAAACUGACAAUUCUAUGUCGUGUUGAAUUUGAUGAAAAAACGAUCACUAAUCAGCAACAGAGAUGAGUACUGGUAAGUCAGAUGAAGGCUUAAUUAUGUAAAUGAAACACAGUUACUGUGAUUAAUGAGGUUCAUAAAACAAUGAAUAUUCUUACUAUGUGUAAUUAGGUUUUUACGGACUGACUGAGCUUAAUGUAUCUACCAAGAUUCUGAGGCACAUUUACAACAUAAAACACAUUUGCAAUAUAAAACGAGGGAUAUCUGUAAUAUACUGCCAUUCUUGCAGGUAUAACACAAAAAUAUACAAGCAAUAAUGUUUGCAAGCACUGCCGAAUGAUGUUAGUGCUUUUAUGUAAAUGAUAACACAUCAAGGCCCCCACAUAUGCAGCAGGGCCCCCACAUAUACAGCAAGGCCCCACAUAUACAUCAGGCCCCCUCAUAUGCAGCAGGGCCCCACAUAUACAGCAAGGCCCCACAUAUACAUCAGGCACCCACAUAUACAGCAGGGCCCUGCAUAUAUGGUACCUUCUUUUCGGUGUUCCACAUUUUCUCUGACUGUCAACUGAGCUAUUGUUCCAGCCACAUGUGACAAUUGGUGUCAGGUGGAACAUAAUGAAAAAUGUGGAACACUGAAAAAGAAGGUGCUGUGUAUGCAGGGCCCUGCUGUAUAUGUGGGGCCCUGCUGUAUAUGUGGGGCCCUGCUGUAUAUGUGGGGCCCUGCUAUAUAUGUGGAGCCCUGCUGCAUAUGUGGGGCCCUGUUGUAUAUGCAGGGCCCUGCUGUACAUAUGGGGCCCUGCUGUACAUAUGGGGCCCUGAUAUACAUGUGGGGCCCUGAUGUACAUGUGGGGCCCUGCUGUAUAUGUGGGGCCCUGCUGUAUAUGAAGGACCCUGGUGUAUAUGAAGGACCCUGGUGUAUAUGCAGGGCCCUGCUGUACAUGUGGGGUCCUGCUGUAUAUGCUGGGCCCACCUGUAAUACUGUUCAGUGAGCUCAAUACUCAUGAGGUCACUCAGGAUGUGUAAGUGUACAGUUGGCUCGUCUGUGAGUACAUAGUGAUGGCCCUAGUUCUAGUUCUCUUUAAUUUCACACAGUCUAUCAGCGCACUGGGGAAGUUCUUAGUAAUAACCACUUUCUGGUACUACACUAAACUAGCAAAUAAAUAUUUAUAAGAAAUCUA